AUGCCAUCUCUCAGAAAAGGUCGUAGGAAUAAUUAUCUCACAACGGUCCGAGGAAAAAGGAUGCGUAAGGCAGCCCCAAAGCCAGCUCAAGAAGACGAGAAUGACCCAGCAACCGCUUGCGGGCACAUCGAAACCGAUACGUGUUGGUGUGCUACCGCCGCCGACAAGCCCGGUCGUGGAAUUCAUGGUCCACAGGCACAGGUCACGGUAAGUCCAGUUGAUGACGGCACCCCAAUCGAUAAGGAUCCAUUCCAGAGAAUACCUCAGCUCAAGCCAGUCUUCGAUCUCAUGUCCAAGGAGACAUUCACCCACGGCUUUAUUCCAGCGUCCUUCAAGGUGCUGUCCCUUGGUACGAGUGACGACCGAGCCAUGUUAGCCAACGUAAUGAAGACCCCGGCGCAACAAAGAAAGCUAUGCGUUUACACAUUGCUCCGCAUGGCAGUCUUUUCCGACUUGGACGACCUUGACGGCGGCGCCCUAAAUGUCGGCGAUGCCAGGCCGCAACUCUCACCCGGCACUGAUCAUGAGGCUGACUCCCAUGGUGGACUUACGCCAAUGGACAUCGACAGCUCUAGCCCCCCAGGGAUGACUUGUAGCUAUAGCGCAAUCGCACUAGACGAGUGUACAGCCCGUCAGCCAUCAGCACCUCCAGAUUUGACACAACGACAGAGGCAAGCGAGCGGGGAUACCGAUGGGGAAGAGCAUACAUAUUGCGGUGGUGGUGGUGGUGGUGGUGAGUAUGAGGUCAUGGUCCCAUAUUCUGCCAGGGACGAUAUCGUUGCUGGAGCCGUUCGUGGGGGAGCGGCCUCCCUACAUGCGCAAGGAUACGCACCUCCCAAACUCCCGGGGCUGUCCAUAACCCAUACUAGCGCGGUGGACCCAUAUUAUAACGGACUCGAUCACGAAUGCCGGCUAGAUCGGAUGGAAAAAGCGCUCAUCAAUCUGGGUGUACGGCUGGACAAUCGGCUGGAAUAUCAAGAUACACGGCUGAACAAUCAAAAGCCACGGCUGGACGAUUAA